AGGGGAAAUUCACACACACGAUCGCCAGAGGCUCCAGUUAUAGAUCUUUUCCUAUACUCAGCCUCCACAGUCCUAGAACAACCCCAGUAAAACGUGCCAUGGAGGUCGUCCGUUACUUCACGCGUAACCAGAAACAACUGCCUGCUACGGGACCGAACGAUUCAAUUGUCCAGCUCCCUGACAUCCCACCGUGUUACGAGUGCAAUGUCGAGGUAGCGCUCAGAUUCGACUCCUCUCUUGACUCCGAGAAACUACAGCAGUCACUCAAACAACUGCUUGAAAUCGGAAACUGGAGACAGUUGGGCGGCCGUGUGCGACGCAGAGAUACCAAUCCAAGCGCUUGCAACUAUGACCUUCAUGUCCCUGCUGAAUUCACAACCGAACGCCCUGCGUUUAACUAUCAGAUUUGGGAAUUGUCGGGCGCGAUUGACGAGCACCCCACUGCCAGCAAAAUGCCUCGACCGACGGACCCGAAGAAAGUAUCGUUCUACAACGUCGGAGACGCUCGUUCACCCUUGAGAACCAGAACCCGUUAUCCAAGAAAAGCGCAGGAGUGGGCCGAUUCAGAUUUACCCCCACUGUCAUUUGAGCAACUCAGCUUCCGCGAUGGGACCAUCAUUCUGCUGGUGUUCCCACAUAUACUAAUGGAUGCGACUGGAUACGGCCUCUUCUUGAAGGCCUGGACUUCUGUCCUCCAGGGCCGUAUCGAUCACGUUCCCCAGUGUUGCGGAUUCUCCGAAUCUACCACCGACAUGUUGGGUCAUAAGACGCCUGCUGGGGCAUUUACGUGGCAUAACCAUCUGUUGAAGGGUCUCGAUAGCUUGAAAUUUACCGCAGGUCUUCUAUGGGAGAACAGAUGGGGAAAGGAAGAUCGCGUCAUCCGUGUCCCGGCCAAAUUCAUCAUGCAUACACGAGACAAAGUCCUUGCCGACUUAUCUACAUCCCAGCCAUCACCGUUCGUGAGUCAAAGCGAUGUACUAAUCGCUUGGUUUACGCGGGUCGUUCUGGCAGCCCUCAAGCCCCUCCAACGAAGAACCUUGGUGUUGACGAACGCCUUUGAUACCCGCCACAUGCUGCCGCCAGAGCGUGCGUAUCUCCAAAACUCCGUUUGCAUGGCCCAUACAAUGCUGCCUGUUGGCGAGGUGCUCUACAAUCCCGUGAGCUUUCUGGCAAACGAAAUUCGGCGCAGUCUUGUACGCGAGCGGACCGAAGAGCAGAUUCAAGCCCGCUGUGCCUGGGCCAAAGAUGUUGGAAUCAUGCCGCUUCUUGGAACAUCGGAUAUGCUUCUCUGCAACGUCUCGAACUGGAGUAAAGGGAACCUUGUCGAUUUGGACCUUUGCCAUGCAGCUGUUACUGAGCAUCGAGGACCAUGUGUUCCCUCGAGCAUCUUGAAUUGCAGUCAAAUGGGGGGCGUGACGCCGAACUAUGGUAUAAUUCUAGGCAAGGAUUCUCAAGACUGUUGGUGGAUGCAGUGGCAUUUGCCCAAGUUCUGCUGGGCUGGGAUUGAGCGGGAGCUGGACACCAUCAAUCAGAUCCGUUGGGAAUAGAUCAGAUUAGACGCUGUACUUGUCGGCAAUUUCGGUUAGACUCAAGAUCAACAGAUUUCUCGUAAUGCGUGGGAUUUCCUUUAGAGUCUUUCAUCCGCAAAUCUGGAGUUUCUACUCCUGAAAGUGGACGCACAAGUAUGCAUCUUGCCCGCGGUGUUCUCGGGGUCAUAUGUACAUUGGUGUUUUG